CGCAGAGAGGGAUGAGCGAGGCGGCCAAUCUGCGCGUCGAGUACGGCACUGAAGAGGCAGAUCUGUUCGUUUGAUUGAUCCUCCCGCUGAGAUCUCAUUCAUCAUGAGCAAGCGUGAGGGUCAGAAGACCAUCUUUGAGUUCAACCGCUACCUCAACAAGAGGGUCAGAGUCAAAUUCAACGGAGGCAGAGAAGGUGAGUGCGUCAGCACCAACACCCACUCACUGACGGCACCAGCUUGAGGGAAAACUGUGCGUGUGUGUGUCGGAUGCUUGUGAUGCAUGUCCCGUCAGUGACGGGCAUCCUGAAGGGCCAUGACCAGGUGUGCAACCUCGUCCUCGAUGACACAGAGGAGUACCGCAGAGGUGCACCGCACUCGCACAACAGUCUGGUACUCGGUGGAUCUGUCUGUUGGUCAUCUUGUCAACUGGCCUGUGUUUCCCUGGAGCAGAUCCCGAUGAUCCGUUCAAGCUGCUCAACGAAACACGCCAGCUCGGCCUGGUGGUCGCCAGAGGCACUGCGGUAAGCACAUAGACACACAGCGACCGCACUGAUUCUGCGUUGCGUGGAUGCGUGUGUGUGAGUUCAGGUGAUGUUGGUGUCGCCAGUUGAGGGGAUGGAGGAGAUAUCCAACCCCUUCGUCAAUGUGGCCGAGUCAUGACGGAAUGCACGGCGAUGACACACUAGUGGUGGUGCCUUUGCCUUUUCUACCGCCCUCCUGUGUUCGUUGCGCUGUGAUUUGUGUACACAUGGAUGGAUGGAUGGAUGGAUGCGUAGAGGAGAGAGUGAGCUGACUUGUGUUUGCCCCGCCUGCUCGUUCUCUUCGGUGGCUUCUCGGGGUCAUUCUGGCCUCUGCACAUGCCGAUCUCUUCAUCCAAGCAGGGGAAAGCCGCGUACAGAGUGGGAAGGAUCUACAGAAGCUGCUGAAGUAAGACAACAGGAGAGCGACUUGAGCUGCGUGUCUCCGUUGAAUGAACCUCAAGAUUUGACUUCUCAUCACGCAACCAAGUGAACGGAACACUCGUGUGCC